UGACCCUCCUGAGCCGCCGUAGAAAUGAUAAACACUGACAUGCAGCUGUUCCUUCAGUAUUAUGUUACAGAGCUCACGUGUAAGAGUACUCUACGUGUAGUGUAACAGAGUGUUGUAAAAGAGACACAUUUUAAUCACCGGUAACAUAAUGGAGCCAGUUAUAAUAAUAAAUCCCGGGGAGUCAAAAUGGGACAUACGUCAGAAAGUUUGGGACUACAUCGAGGAGAAAAAUCUGGCCAACUUCCCGCGGCCUGUUCACAACCGAAUCCCAAAUUUUAAGGGUGCCUUCACAGCCUGUGGCAGGUUGUCCAAGCUGCAGGUGUUCACCCAGGCAGCUGAGGUGAAGGUGGAUCCUGAUAAACCUCUGGAGGGUGCUCGGCUGGCGGUGCUGCAGGCUCGAAAAAGUUUAUUGGUCCCAACUCCUCGUCUUCGCACCGGCCUGUUCAAUAAGAUUACUCCUCCCCAGGGUGCCAGCAAAGAACAGUUGCGCAUAUGUUCAUCCUCUCAGGGUGUGAAAGACUUCAGUGUGCCUGUUGGCCUGGAUGCGAAGGUGAAGGUAGACCUGGUUGUGGUUGGCUCUGUGGCCGUGUCAGAGAAAGGCCUUCGGAUUGGGAAAGGCGAGGGCUAUGCAGACAUGGAAUAUGGCAUGAUGGCUUCAAUGGGAGCUGUGAAUGACUCUACUGUGGUGGUUACUAUUGUGCAUGACUGCCAGGUGGUGCACAUUCCAGAGGAGUUAAUGGAAGGUCAUGACCUGACUGUGGACUACAUCCUCACACCCACCAGACUUAUUAAAACAAACUGCCAGCUCCCCAAACCACAGGGAAUCACUUGGACUAAGUUUUUGUGUCUUCAGCUGGACACAGAAAAGCUGGAGAGGAUCCCCAUACUGAAGAGGCUGCGUGCUCUGGAGGAGCAGGCUGGAAAAGAUGUAACACUGGGGGCAGCGCCUGUUGUAACGGAGCCCAGUCUGCAGACAGCUCAACCUAGAGGGCCAACCAGACGAAGGCCAAGGCAGAACAGGCAGCAAGAACCUGAGGGAGAAUCCAAACAGGAGAAAGCAGUGCAAUCAGAACAGAAAACCAGACAGCGCCCAUAUAGAGUGAGGAAAGAAAGUGCUGGGGGAGGAAAAGAGGGAGAAAUCAGUGAGAAAGUGAGGGGAAGAAGAAGAGAGAACAGUAAGGAGAAGAACCCAGAGGUGGGUGGAAGUGAAGUCACGUCUCAGCGUAAGCUCCCUCUGACUGUGACCACAGUUUACCUGGGGGGUAUCCCUGCUGGGCUGCGUGUUAGCGAGCUGAAGACUGCCCUCAGAGAGAGGGAGGCUGCCCCACUCAGACUCACCUGGCAGGGAGCUCAGCACAGGGCCUUCCUGGACUACAGUGACCCUCAGGCUGCAGAGCAGGCACUGGAGGCUCUGCAGGAUCUCAGUUUGAAUGGUCACAGUCUGCAGGCUGAGCUGGCCAAGAGUCAGCGGGGAGGCAAGAGGUCCGGACAGUCCAACAAGAAACCAAGACCAUCAGUGACUCUGAAAACUAAAAAAGCACCAAAUACUGAGAGUGAUACCAAUGAAAUGAGUGAGCAGUAACAGCAACAGGCUGUUCAGGCUAAAUCACAUUAAAUGUCUUUAAAGACGUACUAUGCAGAAUUUCUCGGUUGCUCUUUGUAAACUCGCUGUUGUAAACAAGAAUGAUGGUUGAUUGAUGAGCCUCAUUCCCAAGUCUUUGGGAUGGCGAGCUACCAACCCAACGUGUUGGUGUUUGACAACCUGGAAAUGAGACUCAACAAUCAGCUAACUUUCUUCAGAAUUGCUGACGCCCGUAACGUUCCAAUCACAGCAAAAUAUUAAGAGAAUUGAAGCAGAUGACAGAGUCUGUGUAGGUGCAGAUACUGUCACUGGUAGAGGCUCGUAAGUGAUGAUUCAGAGGGAUUUUUCUAGGAAAAUCCUGCAUAGUAUACCUUUUAAGAAGCAUUUAGUUUGUUGACCUCUGAUGAGCUUGACAAAAUAAUAAUUUAAAUAUAUACUAAGUACUUCUUAGAGAUAGAUACAGUAUUUUGGUAAAAAUGUAAGUGAUGAGUGAAUAUAAAAAUACAAAUGUCAAGAAGAUUUUAUUUCCAUAACCAGCUAUCAGUAUUAUCUCCUUGUCUGCUUGUUGGUUUUUUCAAAGCAAGAAGAGGAAACGGAAUAGUGUUGUGUCGCAUAUAGCGCCACCAUGUGGUCAUUUGAUCAACUCUUACAAUCCAGAUGAGUCCUGGGCCUUGAAGCCCAGCAGUAAAAUCAUGUCUUUCUUGGACUGAUAUUAUAAAGACGACAGCAGUGUGUGACGCAAGUUCUCCACCAUGUUGUUGUUUUUUUAAAUAUAAAUUUUGUAAAAUCAUUGUUUGAAUAACCCCCUCCCAACAAAAAACACUUUAUGUUUUUCUAUUCCAUUGCCAAACUUUGAAAUAGAUGUGGCCCAUUUGACGUAAAUUGCAGAAAGAAUAAAUUUCCAACAAAUGUAGGAGAUGUGAACAUUUUAGCAAACUGAAGGCAGUUUUGAUUGCAGACUACAGCAAUAUAAUGCAUUUAAAUAACCAUAAUUUAAUUAUGAUGAUUCUGACUCACUUGAAAAUUUCCAGAGUUGUGUCUCUGCACAUAACCCAAAAUUUAAUUUAUGUAUUUUCUUAACAUCACUGUGAUUGUCUAUCAGUGAUGGACUAAACUCUGGAUCUAGAUGCAGAUUAUAAAUGUCUAAAACUGUUUUUUUUUCUUUUUUUUUAAAUAACAAAUUUAGAGGUGUGUGUGUCUGAAUAUUUUGCAAAUAGACAUAGAUCUAAACAGUGAUAUUUGAU